GUACUUUAAUUUUUUUUAGUAGUAAAUGAAUGAAGGUGUUAAAAAAAAAACCCAACUGGGCAUGGCAAAGAAUGUCACGAGGCCCAAACGGCCCACAGAAAGGUAAAGUAAAACGUUGGCCAGAAGGAAGUGGAGUUCGGAUCCGGGUCAAGUCACCGGAGACAGCGACUCACGGCCUCUUUGGUGGAUCCUCGGUGGCUCUCUCAGCCUCUUUGCUCCGCCCGCGAAUCUUUCCCAAUUGUAUCUAUGGCGGAACCACCAAAGCUUAGGGUUUUAAUGGUCUCUGAUUUCUUCUUCCCAAACUUUGGUGGUGUCGAGAAUCACAUCUAUUACCUCUCUCAAUGCUUGUUAAAGCUCGGUCACAAGGUGGUUGUUAUGACACAUGCUUAUGGGAACCGGUCUGGAGUUAGAUACAUGACUGGUGGACUCAAAGUCUAUUAUGUACCUUGGAGACCUUUUGUUAUGCAGACUACAUUUCCGACGGUUUAUGGAACACUUCCCAUUGUGAGGACUAUACUUAGACGCGAGAAAAUCACGGUAGUUCAUGGACAUCAAGCUUUCUCUACGCUUUGUCAUGAAGCUUUAAUGCAUGCCAGGACAAUGGGCUAUAAAGUUGUGUUCACAGAUCAUUCCUUGUACGGUUUUGCUGAUGUUGGUAGCAUCCAUAUGAACAAGGUUUUACAGUUUAGUUUAGCAGAUAUUGAUCAGGCGAUUUGUGUUUCACACACGAGCAAGGAGAAUACGGUUCUAAGGUCUGGAUUGUCCCCAGCAAAGGUUUUUAUGAUACCGAAUGCUGUUGAUACUGCUAUGUUCAAGCCCGCUUCUGUUCGACCCAGUACUGAUAUUAUUACUAUAGUUGUCAUAAGUAGAUUGGUUUAUCGAAAAGGUGCGGAUUUGCUCGUGGAAGUCAUUCCAGAAGUAUGCCGUUUAUACCCAAAUGUUCGUUUUGUAGUUGGAGGGGAUGGACCAAAACAUGUGCGACUCGAGGAAAUGAGAGAGAAGCAUUCUCUACAAGAUAGAGUCGAAAUGCUAGGUGCAGUUCCGCAUUCUCGUGUGCGCUCUGUUUUGGUUACCGGUCAUAUUUUCUUAAACAGUUCUUUAACAGAAGCCUUCUGCAUAGCUAUAUUAGAGGCGGCUAGUUGCGGAUUAUUAACUGUCAGCACUCGUGUUGGAGGUGUCCCAGAGGUCUUACCAGAUGACAUGGUUGUACUUGCUGAACCAGAUCCGGAUGAUAUGGUACGAGCUAUUGAGAAGGCAAUAUCAAUACUUCCAACUAUUAACCCCGAGGAGAUGCACAAUCGAAUGAAGAAGCUCUACAGUUGGCAAGAUGUUGCUAAAAGAACCGAGAUUGUGUAUGACCGUGCCUUGAAGUGUUCAAAUAGGAGUCUUCUAGAACGUCUAAUGCGGUUCCUCUCGUGUGGAGCUUGGGCAGGGAAGCUAUUUUGUAUGGUUAUGAUCCUCGAUUACUUGCUUUGGCGGUUACUUCAGUUACUGCAGCCUGAUGAAGAUAUCGAGGAGGCACCCGAUAUCUGUCUUUGCCAUCACCGAGGGGUUGAGGUAUCUGAGGGUCUAAGGAAGAAGAUAAAGUGAGAAAUGGGUGAGUAGAGUUUCAUCUCCGUCGAUAUUUGGCAUUUUGUUCCUUGAAAUUAUACAAAAAUAACUAUGGAAAAGAGAGACGAUGAUGUAGCAAAGAGUUCAGACUCGCCAGGAAUAAGUGGUUACUUUUGAGUAUCAUAACAUUACUGAGUUUGUUUUACUGGAAAUUGUCGUGUAAAAAUUAGUUCACCAUUGCUUGUACGGUGACAUGAGCCAAUCCUUUCGAGAAUAAAUAGCAUGCAUGGUAAUUGGUAAGGCAAAACAAAUAGUAAUGUAUUAGAGAUUUCGUCAAAAUGGGUUAAAAUUGAUGGGCCGAUCCAACCCAAUACGAUCCAUCAAUUUUAUUGAAUUGAUGGGUUUUGACUAUAAUGGACUUAGGAGUCAAUUCAUGGGUUAUUAACUUAUUAUGAGUAAGACCAUAAUAAUUUUACCCUAUUGAGUAUGG